ACACUGUGGCUGCCAAUGUCCAUGCUUAAAAAUUUGUCAAUGUCGCCGAAUUAUUUACGAUUUUGGCAAUGCGCCAAUGCAAAACACCAGAAAUUAUUAGUUAGUUGAGUGUGUUAAUCGCCCAGAGCAUAAUGUACACGGUCAAAUCGGAAAUCUAUGGGGAGACCAACUAUCAGCCGGAACACAAAGAAGGCGGCAAAAUUCUGUCAAAAUUCCGUUUUCGUUAUCCUGGCGAAAACGAGCAGGAUUCCAAUGGUAAAGUGAGCCACGACAAGGAUGGGGAUCUGAAUGUGGUACGUGCGAGGCGUGGCCAAAUCGAACUGGAGCAUUCCGGUGCCACCGAACUGAAACUGGUCGGUUUGCAGGUGUGGCGAGGAGCGUUGCUCCUGGCGGAUUUCCUGUUUCAUCAGCGCAACGAAUUGGCCAACAAAACAAUUAUGGAACUCGGUGCUGGCGUGGGAUUGACCAGCAUUGCGGCGGCCAUACACAGCAGUGGGCAAGUCUAUUGCACAGAUGUUAAUCUGGGCUGUAUCCUCGAUUUAAUCCGCAGCAAUGUUGAGCGCAAUUCUCAACUGCUCCUAGGCAAGGUGUCUGUCCUGGAAUAUGAUUUCCUGGCUCCCAAAUCAGAGCUCAGCAGGGAGCUGCUGUCUGCCAUUGAUGCUAGCGAUGUGAUUAUGGCAGCGGAUGUCAUCUACGAGGAGUCGCUGACAGAUGCCUUUGUCGCUGUCAUCGAGCACAUCUUCUCGAAGAACAGCGAGAAGCUCAUCUUUAUGGCCAUGGAGAAGCGUUACGUCUUUACCCUGGAGGACUGUGAUUCGGUGGCGCCGAUGUACGAGCAUUUCCUCAGGCAGACGGCGAACAAGCCGUGGAUCAUGGACUCAAUUCCCUUGGACUUUCCACAGUAUUUCGAAUACGAACGUUGUCCCCAAUUGAUCCUUAUGCGGAUCAGGAGACGUUGAUUCCUCGCUGACACGAUUUGUGUAUAAUAUAGAGAAAAAUCAUUGUGAUAUAUCUGUAUAUCUGAUUUAUAGUGAAAUUAAAAACAACCACUGAGGCUAAAAUCUUUAUAAAUAUAAAUC